AUGGCUGUUAAAGAGGAUCUUAGAACUCUUCCGCCAGGAAAGAUUGUGGGAAAACGAUGGCGUGUAGUUCAGAAACUUGGCGAAGGUGGAAUGGGAGCUGUGUAUAAGGUUGAGGAUAAGAAUCGAAAAAAUUUCUUCGCAGCGAUGAAAGUGGAAGACGAUUCCUAUGAAGGUGGCGUAUUGAAAUUGGAAGUGUUCAUCCUUAAACAAUUACAAAAAAUGCCCCACACUAUCAAAUUGUACGAUUCUGGGAAACGUGAUAAGUAUUGCUUCAUGGUAAUAUCACUAUGCGGCAAGGAUUUGUUACGACUUAAACAAGAGGCCGGAAAGCCAUUUUCAGAAUCAACAACACUUCGGCUUGCGAUAAGCACCCUCUACGCCAUAAAACAAGUACAUGAAAUUGGUUACGUUCAUCGCGAUGUGAAACCGGGGAACUUUAUGAUUGGGCGAAUCGGACGGGACAGGAGAAUGGUGUACCUGAUCGAUUAUGGGAUGGCAAGAUCUUUCGUUGCUUCGGACAGUAAUGGUAAGUUGGCGAUACGAAAACCACGUGAUGGCGAUCAAUUGUUUCGCGGGACUCCACGGUACUGUAGCCUUAACACUCACUACAGAAAGGAGCAGGGCCGAGUCGAUGAUCUUUGGUCAUGGUUUUACAUGCUAAUUGAACUUCAUAUCGGACUACCUUGGAAUCGUCUUGGUGAUGAGAAAGAAAUUUUAGAAAUGAAAGAAAAAAGUUCGGCCAAAGACGUGAUACGUACAUGUCCGGAGGAAUUCUUUAAAAUUUAUGAUUAUCUGCAAACACUAAAAUAUGAGGAUCGACCGGAUUAUUACGGACUAUUUAGUGAGUGCGCUGCCGGCUUGAAACGAGUUUUCGGUUCAUUUCUGGAUCGUUAUGAAUGGGAAGUCGAGCAGGCGGAUGAUGUAUCUACAGCGUUAUCAAUAUCAGAGCGAGAUGCAAAAUCAUUAAAGCCAUCUGGCAGAGGAAAACGCGCACAUAAGGCAUAUCCAUUUACAACGAGGGGAGUUUUCGUUGAGAACAAACUUGCGUUGUAA